AUGAUCUCGAAUGGUAGCAAGUCCAAGGUUGGCUAUGUAACACGGCCAGAACUCAUUGCAGCAGCAGACAAGUUGCCCAGCAAUAGAGAAAGGUCAACUUUGGUGCAUUCUCUGAUCAAAGCAUAUGGCUUGAUGGAACGCAUGGAUCUUGUUCGACCCAUUCCAGCAACAAAGUACGACCUUGAAGUGUUUCAUUCAUCCGAAUACGUUGAAUUUCUAUUCAAGGCUGAAACAUUGGAUUCUUUGUCAGAUGAAUAUCUGCAGAAUAUAGAACUAUUUGAUUUAAUAGACGAUUGCCAUGUGUUUCCUGGGCUGCAUAGCUAUGUUGAAUGGAUUGCAGGUGCUUCGUUGGCAGCAGCAAAGAGUCUUGUAUCUGGCAAACAUCAAACAGUUUUGAAUUGGGAUGGAGGCAGACACCACUGCCAACAAGAUCAUGCAUCUGGAUUUUGCUAUGUAAAUGAUAUCGUGUUGGCAAUCAUGGAGAUGCGGAAUCGGUUUUCUCGAAUAUUAUAUAUUGAUAUUGAUGUCCAUCAUGGCGACGGCGUCGAGUCUGCAUUUAUUGCUUCAUCUAGUGUAUUAACAUUGUCAUUUCAUCGCCACGAAUCUGGAUUUUUUCCAGGAUCUGGUGGAAAUUUAGAUGUAGGAAUCGGAAAGGGCCGAUAUCAUGCACUAAAUGUUCCAUUACUGUCUGGCAUGCGUGGCCCAAACUUUGUAAACCUAUUCAGGACAGUUACUCAGUCUACAAUCAAUGCAUAUAAACCGGAUGCAGUGUUUAUGCAAUGUGGUGUUGAUGGAUUGUCACAAGAUCCUCUUGGUGGAAAUUGGAAUCUGGAUACUGCUUCAAUUGGACAUUGCGUGCAGAUUGUGCUUGAUGCUGAUUUACCAGCAAUACUUAGUGGUGGUGGUGGAUAUAAUUCUGCCGCUGCUGCCUGUUGUUGGACUCAUUGCACUGAUUUGGCAGUUCGUAAAUCAGAAACUCACUCUAGUGACCCCAACUCGUUCAUACAUCCACCUAUUGCUCAAGAUCUUCCUGACCAUGAGUAUUUGGAUCGAUAUGCCCCAGACUACAGUCUAUUUAGCAGAUUAGGUAAUAUGCGCGAUCUAAACACCAAAGAGUAUUUAGACACUGUGAUUGCUAAAGUGCAGACCCACUUGGAUUUGCAAAAAAAUAGAGUACACUCAAAUCUCAGCAGUCAUAAAUGA